AUGGUACAGGAAAUAGAUUUAGGAAUAACAUGUGAUAUGCAUGUUCAUGUGAGAGAGGGUGCAAUGUGUGAAUUAGUCACCCCCAAGAUUAGAGAUGGUGGAGUUUCAGUGGCCUACAUCAUGCCAAACCUACAACCUCCUAUUACCACUCUGGAUAGAGUAAUUGAGUAUAAGAAAACACUACAAAAGUUAGCUCCUAAGACUACCUUUUUGAUGAGUUUCUAUCUUUCUAAGCAUCUGACUCCAUUAUUAAUCCACGAAGCUGCUAAGCAAAAAGCAAUUCGUGGAGUAAAGUGCUACCCAGCGGGAGUAACAACAAAUUCAGAUGCUGGAGUCGAUCCAAAUGAUUUCAGUGCCUUCUACCCAGUAUUUAAAGCUAUGGAAGAAGAGAACCUAGUAUUAAACUUGCAUGGAGAAAAACCUUCUGUAUAUGAGGGAGACGAAGAAGCUAUUCAUGUGUUGAAUGCGGAAGAAGCUUUUUUACCAGCCUUGAGAAAGUUGCACGAUGACUUCCCAAACUUGAAGAUAAUUCUAGAGCACUGUACUAGCGAAUCGGCCAUCAAGACAAUCGAAGAUAUAAACAGGGAUGUAAAGAAUGCAGCUGACAUAAGAGUUGCCGCCACAUUGACAGCCCAUCACCUAUUUUUAACAAUUGAUGAUUGGGCUGGAAAUCCGGUAAAUUUUUGCAAGCCGGUUGCAAAACUUCCAAAUGAUAAAAAAGCCUUAGUAAAAGCUGCAGUAUCGGGAAAACCAUAUUUUUUCUUUGGAUCUGACUCAGCUCCUCACACUGUACAAAAUAAGACCAAGUAUAUGGGUGUUUGCGCAGGAGUUUACUCUCAAUCCUUUGCGAUCCCUUAUGUAGCCCAAGUAUUUGAGGAGCAGAAUGCUUUGCAAAACCUGAAAGGUUUUGUUUCUGACUUUGGAAAUUCUUUUUACGACAUAAAAGACAGCGAAUUAGCCUCCUUAGAUAGGGCAAUAUUAUACAGAACUGAGCAGAUUGUUCCCCAGACUAUAAGUGAUGGCAAAGAAACUAAUGUUAUCCCAUUUAAGGCUGGUGAUAAACUGGACUGGUCUGUGAGAUGGGAAUCCCGUUGA